UCUUUUAAAAAUGUUGUUUAUCUUUAUUUUAAUAUGAUCUCAGUCCUAAGAUCCUUAUCCUAAUAGAUAUGUGGUUGUUUUGUUUGUUGGUCUUUUACAUAUUGUGAGAACGCCAGCUGUCAUCAACACAGUCCAAACUGAUCUGGAACACAGUCUUUCCAUUAACUUGCAUUUAAAGUGAAAGUUUUCCGUUCUCUUGCAGAACGUCUCUUCUAGCUUGUCCGUUUAUUUACUUGCUGUUUCUGCCUUUCAUCUCCAGCUGAGCAGAAUUAGCGCAGAAUUCCUUCCGAGAGCUGAAUAUAUAAAGUCAGAGGAGCUGGAUGGGCAGAAAUGUCGUCAUCAGAAACCCUCCUCUGGAUCACUUUGGCUCUGUGUGCAGCCACUGGAGGAUCUGAGGUGCUCUACAAGAAACGUGGACAGGUGGUGAUGAUGUACUGUGGUGAUGUAGACACAAGGAUAACAAAUUAUGUGGAAUGGAAACACAACAGUGUCCUCGUCUUUAAAAUUAAUACCAAAAGGGGAGGUAUAAUCAAAGGGAGCGCUGCUGUUGCUAAGAAGGCAAAGCCAAUUGGAGACAGCCUGAAGAUUCCUUCAGUGGAGGCCGGUGACACUGGAAUCUACAUCUGCAGUGGAGUUGAUAUAAACGGGAACCAAAUCAGAAAGGAGUACAAACUGCAUGUUGUGUCAGUCUCUGUGAGUCCUUCAGACACUGUGCUGAUCUCCUCUGGUGUGACCCUGAGGUGUGACGUUGAAGGAGACUCAACAGCGCAGGUUCAGUGGAAGAAGCCUUCAGGUGCUGAACAUCAUGGAAGCCCCGGCAACACCGUAACCCUGAAAUCUGUGACCUUGGCUGAUGCCGGCCAGUGGACCUGUCAGAUCAAAGAUAACGGGGGGAAAGAGGUGGAGAAGAUAGAACAGGUCAUCACUGUUGUAGGUCUUCUACAAUCCCCUGCGGAAGUUACAGCUCCUCUAGGGGGCGCUGCACAGCUACCAUGUUUCCUCCCCGAUCCAGUCAGUUUGCGUAUAAUGGGAGGAGGGUGGGCACGUGAGGCCCCCACUGACCACUUCGUAACCUUUAGCAGAAAAGUCAGUGGUCUGCACUGGAAGGACACUGAUAUUUUGUCCAGAGUCACGUUCAAUCAACAAGAACUGACCACCAACUUCACUGUGACGCUGGAAAACGUGCAGUUGGCUGACGCUGGUGUGUACGUCUGUACGGUGGAUUUUGAUGGUGGACGUAGCCUGAAGACUCAGUUAAACCUGAUGGUGGAGGAAGAGAGAGAGGCAGCAGUGGGGAGCAGCUUCGGGGAGAAACGCGUGUUGGGUGUGGCACUGUGGGUCUGGUUUGCCGUGGCGGCAGUCUCUUUCAUUCUGAUUGAUCUGGCUGUCAUCAUUGUAAUAAAGCAUCGCAGGAAAAAACGCAGGACAUUCUUUGUCAAAAGGACUCCCAGGCAGCCUAUUCACAGGACAGAAUGGCCACCUCCUCUUCCCAGACCAGAGCACAGCGCUGUAAACAUAUAUGUGUUUAUGUAGGACCAUAAGGAGAACUAUGUAGAGUAGCAUGGAGUUCAGAUCCAUCAGAAAAAGCUGAUCAAUUCUUAUUCCUGUGCCAAAUCAUUUAUUCAUGCUUCAUACACCGAUCAGGCCUAAUGUCAUGACCACCUACUUGUUUCAACACUCAUUGUCCAUUUUAUCAGCUCCACUUACUGUAUAGCUGCACUCUG